AUGCGAUACCUUAAGUCGUCGGCGCUGCAGAUCUGGUUACUGGGUUACGAAUUCCCCGAGACUGUCAUGGUGUUUCUGCUGGGCGGCGGAGUCGGCGGGGAAGGCGGCGGAAGCGGCGGAGCGGUGCACGUGGUGUGCAGCCAGAAGAAGGCACAGCAUCUGGAGGCCGUCAGGCGCGUGUGCGCGGAGAAAUCCGGCGGAGUGGAGAUGGUGCUGCACCCCAAGCCUCGCAGCGAGGACGGGUCCUCCCAGAUGGCGCAGGUCAUCGACGCCAUCCGAGCCUCCGGCGCAGGUUUGGCAGGCGGAGGUCCGGUGCGGCUGGGCGUGCUGGCAAAGGAGGCUCCGGAGGGGGCGAUUAUGGAGAAAUGGGCGGCGGCAGUGGAGGCAGCAGCGGGUGGGGGCGAGGGCGGGGAGAGUGGUGGAGAGGGGUUGGAGACGGUGGAUGUGGGGCCGGCGCUGGGGGAUGUUCUGGCGGUUAAGGAUGAGGGCGAGGUGAUCAAUAUCAAGAAAGCCGCAUUUCUUAGCGCGCAGGCGCUCAAGGCGUUCGUGGUGCCCAAGAUGGAGGUGUUGAUAGACGAGGAGCGUAGCAUGACGCACUUGCCUCCCCUCAUGCUUCUCCAUCCCCACCUUCCUCCCGCCCCUCCCCUUUCAGGCCUUUGUGGUGCCCAAGAUGGAGGUGCUGAUAGACAAGGAGUGCAGCAUGACACACUUGGCUUUCCUCAUUCCCCUCGCUCUCCUCCUUCCCCUCCUUCUCCCCUCCUUCCCCGGCCAUGUCUCACUUUCUCUCCCCAACCUCAGGCGUUCGUGGUGCCCAAGAUGGAGGUGCUGAUCGACGAAGAGCGCAGCAUGACGCACGCGGAGCUGAUGGAGCAGACAGAGGAGGUCAUCACCGACCCCGCCAAGAUCAAAGUCAAGCUCAAGCCCGACAACUGUGACAUCUGCUACCCGCCCGUCUUCCAGGUACAUCUGCUACCCGCCCGUCUUCCAGUCUUCUUCUAUUCAACCAUCUCCAUCCCACCCACCUCUCCAUCCCACCCACCUCUCCAUCCCACCCACCUCUCCAUCCCACCCACCUCUCCAUCCCACCCACCUCUCCAUCCCACCCACCUCUCCAUCCCACCCACCUCUCCAUCCCACCCACCUCUCCAUCCCACCCACCUCUCCAUCCCACCCACCUCUCCAUCCCACCCACCUCUCCAUCCCACCCACCUCUCCAUCCCACCUUUCCUUUCCUCCUCUCCAUCGCUCCUCUCCAUCGCUCCUCUCCAUCCCCUCUCCAUCCCCUCUCUCCACCCCUUCUCUCCUUGCAUCCCUCCCCUCUCACUCCGUCCACACCUCCACAAACCCCUCGCCGUUCAGAGCGGAGGGCAGUACGACCUGAGGGCGUCAGCAGCGAGCAGAGACGACCCGCUGUGUUAUGACUUCAUGGGUGUCAUCAUCUGCGCCAUCACCUCUCUCCAUCCCUUCCUCUUCCCUUCACCCCUCCCCUGUGUUCUCUUGUCUUGUUCAGAGCGGGGACCAGUACGACCUGAGGGCGUCAGCAGUGAGCAGAGACAAUUCAUUUGUGACACUACUCCAUGGGCGUCAUCAUCUGCACCAUCCUAUCUCACCCUUUCCCUCUCUUCCGCCCACCCCCAUCCCUCCCCUGUGCUUUUCCCUCGGCAGAGUGGAGGGCAAUAUGACUUGCGAGCGUCAGCAGUGAGCAGCGACGACCCUCUCUGCUACGAUUCCAUGGGCGUCAUCAUCUGUGCCAUCGGCGCCAGAUACGCCUCCUACUGCUCCAAUGUGGCGCGCACCUACCUGAUUGAUGCUACCAAGGCACAGGAGAAAGCGUACCAGGUAUUGCUGAGGGCACAGGAAGCAGCGAUUGCAGCGAUCAAGCCGGGGGUACGGCUGGGCGAUGUGUACCGUGCUGCAGUGGCGGUGGUGGAGAGGGAAGCUCCAGAGCUGGUGCCUCAUCUCACCAAACACGCCGGCACUGGCAUAGGCAUCGAGUUCCGAGAAGCCGAGUUCCGCGAAGCUGGUCUGACCCUGAACGCCAAGAACGAGCGGACGGUGAAAUCGGGCAUGGCGUUCAACGUGGUGCUGGGCUUGCACGGCCUCACCAAUCCGGAGGCCGGGGGAGGGGAGGAGGGGGCCGAAGCGAACGGAAACGCUGAGGGCGCUGGAGGCAAGGAGGGGGGGAAGGAGGGGAAGGGGGGCAGUGCAAAGCUGAGGAAGUAUGCGCUACUGGUGGCUGAUACAGUGACGGUGAGGGCCGCUGCUGACAAGGACCGCUGGGUGGACGUCGCCACUGCCUCUGCUUCUAAGUCAUUUGCCGACGUUGCCUACUCGCUCAAGGUGUGCUCGCUGUGUGGGAUCCUUCAAGGUGCGCUGCUGCUGGUGGCGGAUACGGUGGCGGUGAGGGCCUCUGCUGACAAGGACCGCUGGGUGGACGUCGCCACUGCCUCUGCUUCUAAGUCAUUUGCCGACGUUGCCUACUCGCUCAAGGUGUGCUCGCUGUGUGGGAUCCUUCAAGGUGCGCUGCUGCUGGUGGCGGAUACGGUGGCGGUGAGGGCCUCUGCUGACAAGGACCGCUGGGUGGACGUCGCCACUGCCUCUGCUUCUAAGUCAUUUGCCGACGUUGCCUACUCGCUCAAGGUGUGCUCGCUGUGUGGGAUCCUUCAAGGUGCGCUGCUGCUGGUGGCGGAUACGGUGGCGGUGAGGGCCUCUGCUGACAAGGACCGCUGGGUGGACGUCGCCACUGCCUCUGCCUCCAAGUCAUUCGCCGACGUUGCCUACUCUCUCAAGGUGAGGUCCCCUUACUCCCUAAAGGUGUGCUUGGUAUGUGGGAUGAAGGGGGAAUGCAAGGUCAAUGCGGACACGGUGACGGUGAGGGCCUCUGCUGACAAGGACCGCUGGGUGGACGUCGCCACUGCCUCUGCCUCCAAGUCAUUCGCCGACGUUGCCUACUCGCUCAAGGGGGAAGACGAGGAGGAGGAGGACACGGACAAGGGCAAGCGACCGGCAGAAGCAGCAGGGGCUGGAGAACCGGCUGUAUUCGCCCGGGCUCACCUGCGGUCGGAGAACCAGGAGGCCACAAAAGAGGAGCUGCGGCGGCAGCACCAGGCGGAGCUGGCGAAGCAGAAGAUCGAAGAGACGGCCCGGCGCCUGGCUGCUGGGGGGCUGGGCGCACGCGAGGGCGAGGGGGCUAAGAGGCAGACGGGCGACCUGGUGUCGUACGGGGAUGUGGACGAAAUUCCUCUGGCCAUGAAGGACUAUAAGAUCCAGGUGGAUCAGCGGCACGAGUCGGUGCUACUCCCCAUAUACGGGCUGCUCGUGCCGUUCCAUGUGUGCAUGAUCCGCAACGUCACCAGCCAGCAGGACGGAGGGCACAUCUACAUCCGCAUCAUCUUCAACGUGCCCGGCGCAGGGUUCAACGCUGCCGACCUGCCCAUGCAGAAAUUUCCGGACAGCAUCUUUAUCAAGGAGCUUUCCUUCAAGUCUACGGAUUCCCGGCAUGCCAACCAAGUGGUGCAACUGAUCAAGACCAUGAGCAAGCACGUGCGGCAGCGGGAGUCGGAGCGCGCUGAGAGAGCGACACUUGUCACGCAGGAGAAGCUCCAGCUCAGCAAGGGCCGCCCGCCCCGCCUGCCGGACCUCUGGAUCCGACCUUCCUUCGGCGGAAAGGGGCGAAAACUCACCGGGUCGCUGGAGGCUCAUCUGAACGGGUUCCGCUAUUCCACUGCCAAGCCGGACGAGAGGGUGGAGGUGAUGUACGGCAACAUCAAGCACGCCUUCUUCCAGCCCGCUGAGAACGAGAUGAUCACCCUCCUGCACUUCCACCUACACAACCCCAUCAUGGUCGGCAAGAAAAAGACAAAAGACGUGCAGUUCUUCGCCGAGGUCAUGGAGGUGGUCCAAACCGUGGGCGGCUCUCGCCGCUCAGCUUACGACCCCGAUGAAAUCGAGGAGGAGCAGAGGGAGCGGGAGCGGCGGAGCAAGAUCAACCGGGAGUUCAAAUCCUUUGUCAGCGCGGUGCAUUCUCUCUGGGAGAAGGACCGCGAGCUCGCUCGUCUCGACCUCGAAUUCGACGUGCCGUUCCGGGAAUUAGGGUUUCACGGCGUGCCGCACAAGUCGUCCGCGUUCAUUGUACCGACAGUGAACUGCCUCGUGGAGCUGAUAGAGGUGCCCUUCCUGGUGGUCACUCUGAACGAGGUCGAGAUUGUGAAUCUAGAGCGCGUGGGUCUCGGGCAGAAGACAUUCGACAUGGCGAUUGUGUUCAAGGAUUUCAAGCGGGAUGUGCUGCGGAUUGAUGCGAUCCCGAGCACAUCGCUCGACUCGGUGAAAGAAUGGCUGAAUUCGAUGAACAUCAAGUACUAUGAGUCGCGGCUGAAUCUCAGCUGGAAGGCUAUUCUGCAGAAUAUUAUGAGCGAUCCCGAGGCUUUUCUGGCGGACGGUGGGUGGGAGUUUCUGAAUCUCGAGGCGUCGGAUAGCGAGGGGGAGGAGUCGGAGGAAUCGCAGGCGUACGAGCCGUCGGAUCUGGAGGAGGCUGCAUCCGACGAUGACGAUGACGAGAGCGAGGAUGAUGAGAGUGUGGUGGAUAGUGAGGAGGAGGAGGGGGAGGAGGAGGAAGAGGAGGAGGAGGAGGGCCCGACUUGGGAUGAGCUCGAGGCGAAGGCUUUACGGGAGGAUCGGGAGAAGGGGGAGGAGACGACCAAAGUACUGACACUUAGCGCAGAUACUGAAGCUGCCUUUGUGUGUUGCGCUCCCUGUGCCACCUCAUGUCACACUCCUGCCACCUUGGACAGAGGAGGGGGUUCAGAUGGGGGAGUGUCGUGGGGGCUUCCCCCUCCCUGCGCCCUGCUCCCCCCUCCUUCUGCCCUGCUUCCCCCCUCCCUCUGCCCUGCUUCCCCCUCCCUUCGCCAAGCUUCCCUCCCUUCGCCCUCCCUGUUUCUCCCUCCCUCCCACCCUGCUUCCCCCCCCCUCCCUCCACCCUGCCCCCCCUCCUCCACCCUGCUUUCCCCUCCCUCCGCCGCUUCCCCCUCCCUCUUCCUUUCCCCUCCCACCUCCCUGCUUCCCCCCUCCUUCCUCCCCGCUUCCCCCCUCCCUCCUCCCUGCUUCCCCCCUCCCACCGCCCUGCUUCCCCCUCCCUCUGCCCAACUUCCCCCUCCCUAUGCCCUGCUUCCCCCCUCCCUCCGUUAA